AUGCGUCCCAGAAAGAAGCCUAGAACUGACAAGAAGGACCAAAAGAAGGAGCUUACAGAUCCCAGUGAUCCGCCUGCCGCUACGCAGGCUGCAAAUUACGAACCAGAGAACCCAGACGAGCCGAUGCGAUCAGCAGCCAGAAGGGUAGCAAUGGAUGCCUCAUCGAGAACGAAGGCCAAAGGCAAAACGUCCGCCACACAGUCAAUCGAGGAUCGCAUGAGAGAGUACCAGAAGGCCUACCAUGAAGAGCGCGUUGCGCGGCUCAAGGAGAUUCAGCGGCAGGAGGCGGAGGCAAGAAGGCUCAGGCUCACAGAAGACUGGAAUGAGGACAUGAGUCCUUCGGACGGUGAUUGA